UCAUCCUCUCUUCUUCAAGCCUCCUCCUCUUACCAAUGAGCCUUCUCAGAAAUUAGAAUUAACAAAUUCGUGAGUUCACUCAGAUAGAUAGAUCUUUACGAAGAUGGUUUCAGUGGAGGAUCCGAUAUCUCAUUCGAAUUCUACUCGCUUCCCGUUAUCAACCGACUUCUACGGUUCUUCUUCGCCGUCGGCGGCGAGGUUACACCGACAAGCUGGCCGUUCGAUGAGGACAGUGAGAUCUAAUUUCUACCAAAGCGGUGAUCAAUCUUGCUCUUUCGUCGGCUCAAUCGGCGAUAAAUCUGAGUACGCCUCGGAGUUCCUUUCCGAUUCCGUCAUCGACAUGAGGCUCGGCGAGCUCGCUUUGAAAAACAGUAAUUCUCUCAAUUCAACCGCUUCCUCGAUGAAAGAGGAAGCGUUUCUCGACAUUUCUCAGGCCUUCAGUGAUUUCUCCGCUUGUAGUAGCGAUAUCUCCGGGGAGCUACAGCGUCUCGCUUGCUUGCCGUCGCCGGACGCUGCUGAGAGGUAUGAGAACGGCGGAGAUAACGAAGCGGAGCAGGAUCCGGAGCCGUGUUUAGGGUUUCUACAGAGGGAGAACUUCUCUACGGAGAUUAUUGAGUGUAUUUCGUUGAUUGGGGAAUCUGGAGCUAUUCAAGCUUUGAUUCCGCUUCUUCGUUGUAACGAUCCAUGGACACAGGAGCAUGCGGUCACAGCGCUCUUGAACCUCUCUUUACACGACCAGAAUAAAACUGUAAUCGCCGCAGGGGGAGCGAUUAAAUCAUUAGUGUGGGUACUCAAGACGGGGACGGAGACUUCAAAACAGAACGCAGCAUGUGCGUUGCUUAGUUUGGCACUAUUGGAGGAGAACAAAGGCUCAAUCGGAGCGUGCGGUGCGAUUCCGCCGCUGGUUUCUCUUCUGUUGAACGGAUCUUGCAGGGGGAAGAAGGAUGCUCUGACGACGCUUUACAAGCUGUGUACACUUCAGCAAAACAAGGAGAGAGCGGUUACUGCUGGAGCGGUGAAGCCGUUGGUGGACCUUGUAGCGGAGGAAGGAACUGGAAUGGCUGAGAAGGCGAUGGUGGUUUUGAGUAGCCUUGCAGCGAUAGAUGAAGGCAAAGAGGCUAUUGUAGAGGAAGGAGGCAUCGCAGCGCUUGUUGAGGCUAUUGAAGAUGGAUCUGUUAAAGGGAAAGAAUUUGCGAUCUUGACGCUGUUGCAGCUUUGUUCUGAUAGCGUUAGAAACCGUGGGUUGCUUGUGAGGGAAGGUGCGAUUCCUCCGCUUGUAGGUCUAUCUCAAAGCGGCUCUGUUAGUGUUAGAGCUAAGCGCAAGGCAGAAAGACUUCUGGGGUAUCUUCGGGAGCCAAGGAAUGAGGGAUGUUCAACAAGCCCUUGAAAUGAAACCAUGAGGACGUUUCAUCAGUCUAGUAUGUAUAUACUGAGUUGUAUGUUUGGUGGUUUUGUAUAGCUGUCUUUUAUGUAGACUGUAAAGAGAGAUCAAAUGAUUAGCAGAAACUUGACUGACUUUUUGAUCUCUCAUGUAUUGAUGGUUAAGCUAGUUUUUGAGGGGGUUUCAAGGGAGUGCUUAUUUGGAUUGCAAGUGUAGCAUUUUCAGGUUUUGGCUUCUGGUUUGUGAGGUUUGGGGAGUAUGCUGAUUUUUUAAGGCAAAGAAAGGUUUGUUCAAGAACUAA